ACGACAAUGUCCGACCAUGGAGAGGGUCCGGCGAUAGGGAUCGAUCUGGGAACGACGUACUCGUGCGUGGCAGUGUGGCAAAAUGAAAGAGUAGAGAUAAUAGUUAAUGAUCAAGGAAUGAGGACGACGCCAUCUUAUGUUGCUUUCACUCACAUCGAGCGCUUGGUUGGUGAUGCGGCGAAGAACCAGGCCGCCAGGAACCCUGUCAACUCCAUCUUCGAUGCCAAGCGAUUGAUUGGUAGGAGAUUCAGCGAUCCCUUGAUUCAAAGUGAUAUCAAUCUUUGGCCAUUCAAGAUUAUUGAAGGUCCUGGUGAUAAGCCUAUGAUCAUUGUUGAUUAUAAGGGCGAAGAGAAGCACUUUUCUGCUGAGGAAAUCUCAUCUAUGGUCCUUAGAAUGAUGCGUGAGAUUGCCGAAGCCUAUCUGGGCACAACUGUGAAGAAUGCAGUUGUUACUGUCCCUGCCUACUUCAAUGACUCACAACGUAAGGCAACAAGUAGCAUUGGCAAAAGAAAUGUAUUGAUUUUUGAUUUGGGCGGUGGCACUACAGAUGUCUCACUAAUUACCAUUGAGAAGGGUGUCUUUGAAGUAAAGGCUGUUGCUGGAGACACUCACCUUGGAGGUGAGGACUUUGAUAACAGAAUGGUAAAGCACUUCGUUAAUAUAUUUAAGAGGCAGCACAAGGUGGACAUUAGUGUAAACUCCAAAGCUCUUAGGAGGUUAAGAACUGCUUGUGAGAAAGCAAAAAUAAUUCUUUCUUCUGCAAUGGAGACUACUAUUGAAGUUGAUUAUUUAUAUAAAGGUAUUGAUUUCUCUUCUACUAUUACCCGUGCCAAAUUUGCGGAACUCAAUAUGGAUUUGUUCAGGAAGUGUAUCCAUAUCGUGGAGAAGUGUUUGACUGAUGCUAAGAUGGACAAGAGCUGUGUCCAUGAUGUUGUUGUUACAGGUGGUUCUUCCAGAAUUCCCAAGGUGCAGCAGUUGUUGCGGGACUUAUUUAAUGGAAAGGAGCUUUGUAAGAGCAUUAAUCCAGAUGAGGCUGUGGCAUAUGGAGCUGCUGUUCAAGCUGCAAUCUUGACCGGAAUGGGUAAUGAGAAACUUCAAGACAUCAUGCUCUUAGAUGUCACUCCUCUGUCCCUCGGUGUAGAGGUUUGUGGAUCAGAGAUGUCUAUUGUGAUUCCAAGGAAUACCGCCAUUCCCACCAAGAAGGAGGAGAACUACUACAACAUGAGUGACAAUCAAACUUCUAUGUUGUUCUCUGUUUACGAGGGUGAGAGAACUAGAACUUGUGACAACAACUUUUUGGGACAAUUUCGGCUCUCUGGCAUUCCUCCAGCACCUAGGGGUGUUACUAAGGCAAAAGUUUGUUUUGAUAUUGACACUAAUGGUAUCUUGAAUGUUUCUGCUAAGGAGAUGACCACUGGUGUGACGAGUAAGAUCACUAUCACUAAUGAUAAGGCAAGACUGUCCAGUGAAGAGAUUGACAGGAUGGUCCAAGAUGCAGAGAUAUACAAGGCUGAAGAUGAUGAACACAGGAAGAAGGUUGAGGCUAAGGUAACUUUGGAGAACUAUGCCUACGAUAUGAGGAACACUAUCAAUGAUAAGAAGAUUGGUGCCAAGCUUGGCCUCGUACGUAAGAAAAAGAUUAAUGAUGCUGUUGAACAGGUGAUUCAGUGGUUAGAUGGCCUCCAGCUCGUGGAUUCAGAAGAGUAUGAGGACAAGCUGGAAACGCUUGAGAGCAUCUGCAACCCCAUCAUUCAUAGGAUUUGUGGACAAAAUCAAAAACUUUGAGUAGCACCUCUCAAAAGUACAACACAUGUAAGGGUGCAAACCAUUUCACCAGUGUGACUAUUUCGAAUUUAUUUUUCCAACCCUUUUAAGUCUUUUAUUUUCUUGCUAGUAAUUUGUCCUUGUUUGGAAAUUUAUGACUCUAAAUUUUUGGAUUUGUCAUUUUAUGCCAGCUGAUAAGGUUUAGCUUCAACCUGUCUAGCUCGGAAGUUGAUUUAUCCUGGUAAAAGCCACAGUUUGUUUGCACUUUCGAUUCUUAGAUUAGAUUAGUAAGCAAUAUGGAUUGAUAAAGGGUUAGCCUGGACUCUGUUCA